AUGGGCGAGGAUGUACGUGACGGCGUCAGUGAGGAAGAUCGUCUUGGCGCUCGAACUAGGGUUGGGAAAUGUACCAUUGUGUUCAACGGCAACAGCUGGUGGGAACGUGCACUCCGCACACAUGAGGAGCACGACAAGAUCCAGGGCUACCGGUUGUAUGUGCUCAGGCAGAACCUGCUCGAUGACGUGUGGUCGAAGCCGGCAUACGUCCUCAGCCUGUUGUUACGGGAGAUGGCGAAGCCCGAGAACGAGCGUUUGGAGUGGUUGCUAUGGUUCGAUGUCGACACUAUUAUCUUAAAUCCAUACAUCCCGCUCGAGACAUUCCUGCCCCCUGUAGGCACCGAGUUCGACGACAUCCAUCUCAUGUACUCCAACGAUUGGAACGGACUCAACAACGGCGUCUUCCCAGUCAGGGUCAACCAGUGGUCUGUGCAACUCUUCUCUGCCAUCCUCUCAUACCGGUACUACAGACCGGAAGCCUCACUCCAAUUCCGAGACCAGUCGGCAAUGGACGCGCUCAUGCACGAGCCCAAGUUUUCGAAGCACAUCGUCCAGGCACCGCAGAGAUGGUUCAACGCGUACCAGGGUGAGCACAACGAGACCCUAGCGCCUUUCCAAAUCCGCCGUGGCGAUCUGCUGGUCCAUUUCGCAGGCGUACCCGGUCGCGAAAGCCGCAUGCAGUACUGGCUGGAACGAGCGGAGCAGCAUCUGGACGAUUGGGAGAUCGCGGUGAAGUCAACCAGCUAUCCGCAGGAAGCGCGGGAUUUCUGG